AUGCGGCGGCGCGGUGACGUCACGGGGCGCGCGGCGCGGCGGCCCCGGAAGCGGCGGCAGCGGCGGGAGCGGGAGCGCGGCCGGUGCCCAGGAGCUCUGACCCCACCCUUGGUGAGGGCAGGGUGGGGCAGGGCGGGGCUGUCCAGGUGUGCAGGCACCGCCCCGGCGCCCCCUGCUGGUCACAGGUGAGGCAGAGAUGGAGCCAGGCAGGACAGUGGACACGGCGUCCCCAAGCUGUCACCACAGCGGGGACGAUGAGGAGGAAGAUGUGACAGCAGCGGCAGCUGUGACAUCAUCCGCGUGUCACCCUGCUGGGAAUGAGGAGGAGGAGGACAAGGAGGUGGCAGCAGUGGUGACAGCCACAGCGUCCCUGAAGUGCCAUCCCAGUGAGAAGGAGGAGGAGGAGGUGGCAGUGGCCAUGGCAUCCCAAGGUGGGCCGUGUGGCAGGGAUGAGGAUGUGAUGGCAGCAGUGACAGCAGAAGCAGCCACAACGUCCCAGGGCUGUCAUCCCAGUGAGGAGGAGGAGGAGGUGACCACAGCAGGGACAUCCCUGGGGUGUCCCCCACUUGGGGAUGAGGAGGAGGAGGUGACCACAGCAGGGACAGCAGCAGUGACAUCCCCAGGCAUUCAACCCAGUGAGGAGGAGAUGACCAUGGACGCAACAUCCCCAGCACAUCCUCCUGUAGGGGAUGAAGAGGAGGUGACAACAGCGGUGACAUCCCCAGGGUGUCACCCCAGUGAAGAGGAGGUGACGGCAGCAGUGACAUCCCCAGAGUGUCACCGUGAGGAGGAAGAGGAGGAGGUGACGGCAGCAGUGACGUCCCCGGUGUGUCACCCCGGUGAGGAAGAGGAGGAGGUGACGGCGGCGGUGACGGCAGCGGCAGCCACAUCGGCGCCGGGCGGGCGGCGCGGUGCAGACGAGGACGUGGCGGCCGCGGGCUGGCGAGCGCGGCGCAAACACGUGUUCGUGCUCAGCGAGGCCGGGAAGCCGAUCUACUCCCGGCACGGCAACGAGGAGGCGCUGGCGGCCACCAUGGGUGUGAUGAUGGCCCUUGUGUCCUUCAUCCAGAGCGGCGGCAAUGCCAUCCGGGCCAUCUGCUCCGAGGACCGCACGCUGGUGUUCGAGCAGCGGGGCCCGCUGCUGCUGGUGUCGGUGUCCCGCACACGGCAGUCGGCGGCGCAGCUGCGGCGGGAGCUGGCCUUCGUUCACGAGCAGAUCCUGUCGCUGCUGACCCGCGGGGGCAUCGCCCGAGUCUUCGCCCGACGCCGCGGCUUCGACCUUCGCCGGCUGCUGGCGGGCGCCGAGGCCGUGCUGGACCGGCUGCUCUGCGGGGCCGCGGCCGACGGGCGGCUGCUGCUGGGGGCCGCUCGCUGCCUGCCCCUGCCCGGGGGGCUCCGCCGCGCCGUGUCCGGGGCCCUGCGCCGCGCCGCCGCCGCCGCCCGCCCCGCGCCCGCCCUGGCCGUGCUGGCGGCCCGGGGCCGCCUGGUGACGGCGGCGCGGCAGCGGGCGCUGGCCGAGGGCGGGCGGCUCUGCGCCAGCGACCUCCACCUGCUGCUCAACCUGCUGGGCGGCGGGGCGGGCGCGGGGGCGGGCGAGGUGUGGACCCCCGUGUGCUUGCCACGCUUCAACCCCGAUGGGUAUUUCUAUGCGUACGCGGCGCGGCUGGGCGAGGAGGAGGAGGAGGGUGUGACGCUGAUCCUGCUGUCCACGGAGCGAGAGGGAUUCUACGCGGCGGCUGCGUGCCGGAGGCAGCUGGAGGACACGCUGCGGGCGCAGGGCUGGCUGGCCGAGCUGGCGGCGGCCGUGCGAGGGGGAGCGGGGUACGGCCCGUCCCGUCCCGGCGCCCCCGAGCUCCGGCACUUCCUCUACAAACCCUUGGAAGGGCCGGAGGAGAUGCAGCAGCUGCCGCAGUUCACCAGCCCCGAGCUGGAGGAGCCCUACACCAGCGAGGAGGAGCAGCACCGGCUCUUCGACCUGUACCACUACCUGCACAGCCGCGUGCACAGCCCACACCGGCCCCUGCGCCUGCUCUACCACGUGGCCGAGAAGGAAACGCUGCUGGCCUGGGUGACCAGUAAAUUCGAGCUGUACAGCUGCUUCAGCCCGCUGGUGACGAAGGCGGGCGCCAUCGCCGUGCUGACCAAGCUGCUGCGCUGGCUCAAGAAGGAGGAGGACUGGCUGUUCAUCCGCUACCCGGCGCCGUUCUGCGCCGCGCCCGCGCGCCCCGAGGGGCCCGAGCCCGAGGGCUGACAAUAAAC